AUAUGGUUUAGAAGAUGGAGAUGCUUUCUAGGCUGUUCCCUUUAUGACACCAACCAUUGUAUACAGGACCCAGAUGACACACUGAAACGGAAGACUUUUGAGCUGCUGUAUAAAAUGACAAAGCCAUCGAAUGUAGAAGUUAUUGUCGACCGUAUGAUUGAUUACAUGAUGAGCAUAAAUGAUAACCAUUACAAAACUGAGAUAGCGUCCAGAUGUGUCGAACUGGCCGAGCAGUUUGCACCGAGCAAUCAAUGGUUUAUCCAGACCAUGAAUAAAGUGUUUGAGCACGCAGGAGAUCUAGUAAAUUUAAAGGUGGCCCACAACUUGAUGCGGCUGAUUGCCGAGGGAUUUGGAGAAGAUGAUGAUACUGCAGAUACCCAGCUGAGAUCAUCAGCUGUGGAGUCAUAUUUGCGCAUCAUGGGAGAGCCAAAACUUCCCUCUGCAUUUCUCCAGGUUAUUUGCUGGGUCUUGGGGGAGUAUGGAACUGCUGAUGGGAAGUAUUCUGCCUCCUAUAUCACAGGGAAAAUAUGUGAUAUUGCUGAGGCUCAUUCAACUGAUGACAUGGUCAAGGCUUAUGCAGUAUCGGCACUUAUGAAAGUAUAUUCAUUUGAAAUAGCAGCUGGGAGGAAAGUGGACAUGUUGCCUGAGUGUGAAUCAUUCAUUGAAGAGUUGUUAGCAUCACACUCUACAGAUUUACAGCAACGAGCAUAUGAACUUCAAGCAGUUGUUGGCUUAGAUGCUCGUGCUGUUGAAAAUAUUAUGCCAAUGGACGCUAGUUGUGAAGACAUUGAGGUUGAUAGAGAACUAUCUUUUCUCAAUGGUUAUGUUCAAGAGUCACUGAAUAAGGGGGCUCAACCCUAUAUUCCUGAGAAUGCACAAUCAGGAGCUUUAACUAUCAGUAGUUUUAGACAUGAAGAACAGCAUGGAUCCUCAGGACAUUCUCUUAGAUUUGAAGCCUACGAGCUUCCUAAACCCUCUGUGCCAUCAAGACCUUCUCCAGUCCCACCAGUAUUCUCAACCGAACUUGUUCCUGUACCAGAACCAACUUAUCACACAGAGUUUCAUGAAGCUGUUGCACCAAAGUUGUCCGCAUCUGGUACAGGCUCAUCUGAAAUCAAGCUACGACUUGAUGGUGUUCAAAGAAAGUGGGGUAAGCAAACUUAUUCUUCUUCCUCACCAUCUACUUCAGACUUUGAUACCUACAAGACUCAGAAUGGAGCGACACAGCGUGAUGUACCAAGCAGCUUAAGCUCAAAAACACGUGAUGUAUCUUAUGAAUCAAGAAGGCAACAAGAGGAUAUUAAUCCGGAAAAGCAAAAACUUGCUGCUUCCCUCUUUGGGGGCGCAUCAAAAUCUGAAAAAAGACCUGCUGGUGCUGGGCACAAGGCAUCAAGGCCAAACAGCCAUACUGCAGACAAGUCUCAUGCAGAAAAGACUGGACCUUCUGAUGGAGGUGCUGCAAAAGCAAGUCCCCAACCACCUCCAGACUUGCUUGACUUGGGCGAACCAACUAGUAUUAGUAGUGCAACUUCUGUGGAUCCGUUUAAGCAAUUGGAAGGCUUGCUUGACUUAAACGAAGGUAGUCCAGCUCCAGGUUCUAGCGGAGAUAGUGCUACUAAAGCGCCUGAUUUUAUGUCUCUUUAUGGGGAGACUUCCUUCCGUGGGCAAAAUAUGAUGGGAACGGAAAAUCUCCUUUCAACCGCUGAAUUUUCACAUGCACCCGACAGAAAUGGCCAUGGAACAGGAAGUACAGUUACAAAUUCAACACAAUUAAGUAAGGGCCCGAAUCUGAAAGAUGCUUUGGAAAAAGAUGCACUUGUGAGGCAAAUGGGUGUGACACCAACGAGUCAGAAUCCCAACUUAUUCAAGGAUUUGCUUGGGUAAAGUACAUGGACAUGUGUAUGUGUUGGAAGUCUAUUUAGGCCUUGUUGUAGAGUCUUUGUUGAUUGAACUAGAUCUGUGGUGCUGGAAAGCUACAAAUUUAUUUGUUGGAAAAAUUUACAAUUGAAAAUACAAUUUGCGAGGAGCUAAUUGUCGUAUGAGCCUGGUAUUUUGCGUAGCAGUUGCACAUGGAAAAGUUUAUGUGAAAAUGGUUUCGACUGGUAAGGAAUAGUUGAAGCCACUUGAGCUUUUGACUUUGAGGUUUCCGGAGUAAAAAGGCUGACAUGUUUUUGGCGCAGUCACGACCAUAGGUUUGCCAUGUGCUUCAAGACGUAUCACAGUUGUGUUUUAUGUUGAUCUUCCUUUUCCUCUUAUCUUAUUGAAACUAUUCUUUUUGCUUUUUCCUGGAGGCAAACUGUACCAUUUGGAGAGGUAUUGUACCCUUAUAUGAUGUUGUAAAGCAAUAAGCAUUUCUCAGGUUAAAUUGAUACUGGCUUUAUCAGUUGAAUGUGGAUUCAGUUCGAAGUCUGCUUUGCAGAAGCUUUAUUGUUUCUUGA